UUAGAUGUACACCACUUUUUCGGUAUGAAGAGGAUAACAAAGUGGGGUAAAUUAUAUAAAACACGCAACGAUUCGGACUCAAGUUCGGUCCUGGAAAACUUCAAUGGCAAGCUACCUAUGCUCCCUCUGGAAGUCUUGGAGGAGAUACUGCUGAAUGUACAUCCACACCAGGUGGUGUGUGUCUGUCGACUGGUCUGUCAUGAGUGGAAAGAAGUAGUAGAUAGUGAUUCUCUUUGGAGAGAGAGGUGCCGAAGAGAGGGAUACCAGACACAUGAUGCCACUAAACUACCUGAAGACUGGCGUUUAUUUUACUUCUUGUGUAAGAAGAGACGUAAUCUUAUCAAAAACCCCGCAGCAGAGGAUAAAUUCAAUGGCUGGCAGAUCAUGAAGAAUGGAGGGGAUCAAUGGAACAUAGAGUCAGGGGACCUUAAUAACACGGUCACAAAAUACUUUGUGACUUCUUACGCGACCUGCAUGAAGUCUCAGCUGAUUGACUUGGAGGAAGAGGGUUACAGGCCUUCUUUAAUGGAUGCCUUUCAGCCUGCCAUAGUAAUAUCUGACUGGUAUGCUCCACGCUGGGACUGUGGCUCUGAAUAUGAGAUCUGUGUUGAGUUGCUAAAUCAAAAGAAGAAGCCAAUUAGGAAGUUUAGUCCAGAUGCUGUCAUCUUUCAACAGUGGAAUGAUCAGAAAUGGAAUCAGAUGACUCAUGUGUUCAAGAAUUAUGGACCAGGAGUGCGAUACAUCCGAUUCAUUCAUGGGGGAAAGGACACUCAGUUCUGGGCCGGCUGGUAUGGAAUAAGGGUCACCAACAGUAGCGUCGAGAUCUGCCCAUCAGUGGACAGAUAGCUUUCGGGGUGUUGCCAACCUCUCAAGAGGUUACAUGUGAACGUUGUGCCUACUUGAAAGCUUUACUUUAGCAUCUGAAAUCUCCCUUAGAAUACUUUUGUGUAUACCUUGUUUCAGCUUUUCUGUCUUGGGCAAUAUGUUGUUUCUCUGUUGAUAUAGUCUAUUUUGGCUGUAGAAUAUAUAAUUUGUGUCCAUCUCUGAAUUGUACAGACCAAUACAAAUAUGCACUGUAUAUGCUUGGAAUACAUUGAAGCCAUAAAGACAGACAGACCAAGGAGAGAAAGGAAAGUGCUAACUUGAAUGUAAUUUCGUAUGUAUAUAAACGUCUGACCCACUUUGACAAAUGCCACACUAAACGUUUGCAAUCUUUUGGUUGAACUCACCUACUUUUCUUAACAUGUAUAAGAAUGUAAUUGUUAACAUGUACAGUGCCAGUCAAAAGUUUGGACACACCUACUCAUUCCAGCUUUUUAAUUAUUUUGUACAUUGUUGAAUAAUAGUGAAGACAUCAAACUAUGAAAUAGCACAUAUCGAAUCAUGUAACAACCAAAUAACGUGUAAACUAAAUCUAAUGUAUUUGAGAUUCUUCAAAGUAGCCACCCUUUGCCUUGAAGACAGCUUUGCACACUCUUGGAAUUCUCUCAACCAGCUUCAUGCAUUUCAAUUAACAGGUGUGCCUUGUUAAUUUGUAAGGGCCUCCCGGGUGGCGCUGUGCCACCAGAGACUCUGGGUUCGCACCCUGGCUCUGUCGCAGCCGGCCGCGACCGGGAGGUCUUUGGGGCGACGCACAUUUGGCCUAGCAUCGUCCGGGUUAGGGAGGGUUUGGCCAGUAGGGAUAUCCUUGUCUCAUCGCGCACUAGCAACACCUGUGGCUGGCCGGGCGCAGUGCACGCUAACCAGGUCGCUAGGUGUUUCUUCUUUCCUUCCGGGUUGGAUGCGCGCUGUGUUAAGAAGCAAUGCGGCUUGGUUGGAUUGUUUCGGAGGACGCGUGGCUUUCGACCUUCGUCUCUCCCGAGCCCAUACAGGAGUUGUAGCGAUGAGACAAAAUAGUAGUUACUAACAAUUGGAUACCACGAGAAAAGGGGGUAUAAAAUAAAAAAGUGAAUUUGUGGAAUUUCUUUCCAUAAUGCGUUUGAGACAAUUAGUUGUGCUGUGACAAGGUAAGGAUUGUGUGUUGUAAAAGCCCAAAUCUGUAUUAUGGCAAGAACAGCUCAAAUAAGCAAAGAGUAACUACAGUCCAUCAUUACUUGUGAUUUUUGGUUCCAACUACUGUGUGAGACUCAGAGUAGGUGAACGGGUGAUAUCUGCAUGUGUGGUUCCCACAGUGAAGCAUGGAGGAGGAGGUGUGGAGGUGCUUUGCUGGUGACACUGAUUUAUUUAGAAUUUAAGGCACACUUAACCAGCAUGGCUACCACAGCAUUCUGCAGUGAUACGCAAAGUAUAAUUUGUUUAUCAACAGGACAAUGACUCAACACACCUCCAGGCUGUGUAAGGGCUACUUGACCAAGAAGGAGAGUGAUGGAAUGCUGCAUCAGAUGACCUGCCCUCCUCCCAAUUGAGAUGGUUUGGGAUGAGUUGGAAAAGCAGCCAACAAGUGCUCAACAUAUGUGGGAACACCAACACUGUUGGAAAAGCAUUCCAGAUGAAGCUGGUUGAGAGAAUGCCAAGAGUGCGCAAAGCUGUUAAAGUAAAGGGUGGCUACUUUUGAAGAAUAUAAAAUAUAUUUUGUUUUGUUUAACACUUUUUUGGUUAUCACAUGAUUCCAUAUUUUAUUUCGUAGUGUUGACGUCUUCACUAUUAAUCUACAAUGUAGAAAAUAAAAAACCUUGACUGCUACUGUAUAUUGAGAAAAUACACAGAUUGCAUGGUGCACUGCAUAAGGAUAAGGAUAUACAGUGCAUUCGGAAAGUAUUCAGACAUAGAAAUGUUUCCAAAUGUAGAUUUUGUUUUAAACAUACCUCAUGUAAAUAAGUAUUGAGGCAUUUUGCUAUGAUGUUCAAAAUUGAGCUCCGGUGCAUCCUGUUUCCAGUGAUCAUCCUUGAGAUGUUUCUACAACUUGAUUGGAGUCCACCUGCGGUAAAUUCAAUUGAUUGGACAUGAUUUGGAAAGGCACACGCCUAUCUAUAUAAGGUCCCACAGUUCACAGUGCAUGUCAGAGCAAAAACCAAGACAUGAGGUUGAAGGAAUUGUCUGAAGAGCUCCGAGACAGGAUUGUGUCAUGGCACAGAUCUGGGGAAGGGCACCAAAACAUUUCUGCAGCAUUGAAGGUCCUCGAGAACACAGUGGCCUCCAUUCUUAAAUGCAAUAGUACAGAGAGAUCCUUGAUGAAAACCUGCUCCAGAGCGCUCAGGACCUCAGACUGGGGGGCGAAGACAACCAAAACAACGCAGGAGUGGCUUUGUGACAAGUUUUUGAAUGUCCUUGAACGGCCCAGCCAGAGCCUGGACUUGAACCCGAUAGAACAUAAAAUCGCUGUGCAGCGACGCUCUCCAUCCAACCUGACAGGAUCUGCAGAGAAGAAUGGGAGAAACUCCCCAAAUACAGGUGUGCCAAACUUGUCAUAACCAAGAAGACUCGAGGCUGUAAUCGCUGCCAAAGAUUGAGGGGGGGGACUGGGACGAUUUAAACCAUUUUAGAAUAAGGCUGUAACGUAACAAUGUGGGAAAAGUCAAGGGGUCUGAUUACUUUCCAAAUGCAUGAAGAUUGUGUUUGAACCUGUAAUACAUUAAAAUAAAGUAUGCCAAUUUGGUUAUGUACUGCUAUCAUGUGGAAAUGACUUUUCAUGCUUUGUCUCUUGAGGUAAUAAAUACAUUUAAGUGUACUGUC